AUGGUCUUGAACUCGCCGAGGAGGGGGGCACGCCUCCGCACGCACGCGCAGUAUCGUCCUAUGCAGCAAUGAGAGUGUUAGUGGGAGGUGGGACCGGAUUUAUUGGCAGAGCCUUGACCCAAUUGCUGAGGAGCCAUGGCCAUGAGGUCACACCUGUUUCCCGCCGUCCUGGAAAGAACCAGAUCACUUGGGACGAACUCUCCCGCUUGGGACUCCCUCCUUGCGAAGGGGCAGUCAACUUAGCUGGAGAAAAUGUCCUCAACCCCCUUCGGAGGUGGAAUGAAUCCUUUCGCCAGGAAGUGGUUGCCAGCCGGGUGGAAACCACAAAGGUUUUGGCAAAAGCCAUUGCAGAAGCUGAGCAUCCACCUCGUACUUGGGUCCUGGUCACCGGCGUAGGGUACUACCCGCCCAGCCACUCAGCCGAAUACACAGAAGAGAGUCCUGGGGGAGAUUUUGAUUUCUUCUCUCGCUUGGUGAGCCAUUGGGAGGCAGCGGCUAAAAUCCCUGGUGAUGCCACACGCCAAGUGGUGGUGAGAUCUGGUGUUGUGCUGGGCAGAGAUGGUGGUGCCAUAGCCCAGAUGCUGUGGCCCUUUCGCUGUGGCCUGGGAGGGCCCAUCGCUUCUGGCUGCCAGCCCUUUCCGUGGAUCCAUGUGGCAGAUCUGGCAGGCAUCGUGGCCCACGUGCUGGAGCAGGAGGGUGUUGGCGGGAUCCUGAAUGGUGUUGCACCCUCAGCGGUGAACACUACAAAUGGGGACUUUGCUCGGGCCAUGGGAUCUGUGCUCCGACGGCCCGCCGUGUUGCCUCUGCCAGGCUUUGUGGUAUCUGCCAUCUUUGGAGCUGAGCGGAGCGUCAUGCUGCUCGAAGGGCAACGAGUGGUGCCCAAGCGGACUCUGCAGAGCAACUACCAGUUUGCCUUCCCUGAUCUUCACUCUGCCCUCCAGGAUAUUUUGGCAUCACCCUAGCAGAAAGAGUGCGUGCACCUUAUUUCCACUUUCUCUGUGAUCCUCUUGCAUGCGAGACAGGAGCUAUGUCGUUGAUUCCAUGUUUUACAUGCAGAACAUUUAAGCCAGUAUUUUUCCUAACACAGAAGCCUUGGGUAUACUGUAGCAGCUGAAGUAGGAUUGGGGAAAGUGAUCUUCCUCAGCCACGAAGAUCACUUGGGGUCAGUUAGUGACUUUGAACCUAGUUUAUCUCCCAGCACUGUUGUAAAGGUACAGUUGAAUGGAGGUGGAUCAUUGGAUUGACAGACAUAGUGUUGUACAGACACACACACACAGAAUGAGAUCAAACUAUCCAAUAUUGUCUAGUUACUGGUCCACUAAUUCCAUUCAUAUUGCCCUCUUUGGCAUCAAUAUGUCAUGCACAGGAUCUUUCCCAUCACUUGCCUGAUACACUGAUUCAGUGCUUUUUUUGUAAGAAGAAAGGUGCCGGAACUCAUGAAAUUAUUUAUCUUUUGUAUGUAGUCAAUCACUGUACACACACCCAUACACGUCAGUUGUGUACUGAAACAUAACUGUCGCCGCCUGCAGUAAGCACUCAGUGCGCGACCACACGACCAAUCACAAGCCGAGCAGCGC